UGUGUACGUGGCACGGAGGAGCCGGGCCUUGCCACCCGGUGGGCCCGAGCUCCGGAAGGCCCCCUCGGCAGUGAGAGGGGCGGGGGCCGCGCGCUCUUCUCUCGCUUCGGCCUGCGCAACGCUGCGCUCUGGGCUGACAGAUGCAGACUCUUAAGAUGACAGGUGAUUCUUCUGGUGAUCGAGGACUCCCGGGGUCAUGACAGUGAUGAAAUGCAGGGGACCUGGUUGCCCCCAAGUUUCCUGGCAGUGUGUGAUACUGAGGAGGUGAGCUUGUUUCUGGAGCUGUGCUUUAAGAUUCAUGUUACAUGUAAAGCUGUCCUCAUUUGUGGUGGACCUAUGGAGUUGGGACAAUCUCUAUGGGAAGCAGAAGGCAAGACCCCAGUCAUUUUAGGUAGAAACAACAGCAUGCUAAUGCCAAAAAUUAUGCAAUGUGCUACUGAACUUCAGAGGCGAUCAACAGAAGAAGAAUAAAGACUAAUACAAGUA